UAGUGGCGAGUAAAUGGAGCGUGCGGCGUUUACCUUUCCUCUCGGACGGUUGGACGGCCCAGCGCACGAAAUAGUUCGUUUGUCUGCCUCGGCGACGAAAGCCGCGAAGGAGCGAGAUCAGAAGAAGCCAGCCGCGCCGGCGGGGAAGGAGGACGGGCAGGAGGGUGAGCGGGAGGAGGAGGAGACUGGAGUCGAUAAAAAACGAUAAUUGACAGUGAGGAUUGCUCGCAAGCCUUAGGGUUUCGCAGGCCGCUGCGCUGCGGAUGGCGGCGUGGUGCAGGCAGUGUGCGGAGGGAAAGCCCCUCUUCGUCGCCACCUACGCGGUCGUUUUCGGCGGGAUCGUCCUCUCCGCUCUCUUCCUCCUCUCCACCCUCUACUCCUCCUCCUCCCCCUCCUCCUCCUCCGGCGAUAACCCCUUCCUCGCCUUCGGCGCCAGACUCUCCUCCUCUUCUCCCUCUUCCUCACCCGCUCUCCCACCCCACGAAGACUCGGUUGUGACGGGGAAGACGAAAGAGAUUUCUGAAGGAAGUCCGAAUGUUACCAAGUACACUCCUUCUGUGUCAGCAGUAAACAGAUCAUCUGCCCCCGCUUUGCAACCCAAACAUAUGUUGACCAGAGCUAUAUGGGAGGUGCCUGUGGAUUCUAAAUUGCCAGCACUGAAGGCAUUCCGGCUCACAAAGGAGAUGGUCAAGCACCGUGCGAAAGAUAAUGUCAUUAUCGUGACUUUUGGGAACUAUGCAUUUAUGGACUUUAUCUUGACCUGGGUCAAACACCUGACAGAUCUUAAUGUCUUCAACCUUCUUGUUGGUGCUAUGGACGUAAAACUUCUGGAGGCUCUGUAUUGGAAAGGUAUUCCCGUAUUUGAUAUGGGUAGUAAUAUGAUCACAGACGAUGCUGGUUGGGGUUCCCCCACAUUCCAUAAAAUGGGGAGAGAAAAGGUCUUCCUAAUAAAUGCUCUGCUGCCGUUUGGUUAUGAGCUGCUUAUGUGCGACACUGACAUGGUUUGGUUAAAGAAUCCGCUCCCAUAUCUUGCUCGUUUUCCUGAUGCAGAUGUCUUAACUUCAAGCGACCAAGUUAUACCAACUGUCACUGAUGACAGCUUGGAAUCCUGGAAGGAAGGAAAGCAGAAACUGCCAGCCCUGUCAAAACCAAAAGAACUCACAGUAACUGGUGCAUAUAAUAUUGGAAUUUUUCACUGGCGCCCUACUGAUCCCGCCAUAAGGCUGGCAAAAGAGUGGAGAGAGCUACUUUUAGCUAAUGAGAAGUUAUGGGACCAGAGUGGCUUUAAUGAUCUUGUUCACAAAGUAUUAGGACCAUCAGUGGAAGGAGAAAAUGAACUGGUAUAUGCAUAUGACGGGACACUGAAAUUGGGAAUCUUGCCUGCAAGCAUAUUCUGCAGUGGGCACACAUUCUUUGUCCAGGCUGUGCAUCAGCAGCUCAGGCUAGAACCAUAUGCAGUGCAUACUACAUUCCAGUAUGCAGGUACUGAAGGAAAGCGCCACAGAUUGCGUGAGGGCAUGCUUUUCUUUGACCAACCAUCCUAUUAUGACUCGCCAGGAGGUUUCUUGACAUUCAGUCCAAGUAUUCCAAAGAGUUUGUUGCUUGAUGGUGCUCAUAAUAUUGAAUCUCACUUCUCGCUAGUGAAUUACCAAAUUAAGCAAGUAAGGACUGCGCUUGCUGUUGCUUCAUUGCUUAAUCGCACCCUAGUAAUGCCUCCAUUGUGGUGCAGGCUUGAUAGAAUGUGGUUUGGACACCCGGGAAUUCUUGAAGGGACAUUGACCAAACAGCCUUUUCUCUGCCCUAUGGAUCAUAUAUUUGAGGUAAAUGUCAUGCUGAAGGAUUUUCCUGAGGCAGAAUUUGGCCCCCGGAUUGAAUUCAGAGAAUAUUCUUUCCUUCAGAAUCCUUUGGUGCCCAAACAGGUGAAGGAGUCAUUACUCGAAGUCCAGCUUUGUGAUGAUCAUCGCACCAAGUGCACUGUAGCGAAUGAGACUAUUAAAAAUGGUUUUCUUCGAUUUCCCAAAAAUAGCACUCAACAAAUGCUUAUGCGAGUUUUCUCCUCAUACAAGGACUUCAGAGUUCUAAGGUUUUCAUCAAUGCUGGACAUCUUCCAAGGUUUUGCUGAUGCGGCAAGAGAGGCAAAGUUCAGAAAUCGGGUGAAGAGAUACGUGGGAUUGUGGUGUUGCGUGCAAUUCCGUACGCCUGGACACAUAUAUUACGACAUGUAUUGGGAUGAAAAACCAAGUUGGAAACCAGAGCCACCGCAAACUAGCGAAGAAGACCAUCCCCCUUGGUAGCUGCCAAAUUUUUCCUUAAAACAUACCGGUUUCGAAGAGUUUACUAAGUAACUAUACCGUGCCAUAUAUCUUCUUAUCUAAUUAUAGAAAUUUUUUGGCACAUGCCCAUGCUAGCGCAGUCCAUUUCAAUUUCGGAGGUUCUUUUGUAUAAGAAUAACUUGAAAAUUUUUUCUUUCAUUCUGACGGGAAAGAUGAAUGGAAAAAUAUAUCUAUUUCCAUCAUGUUUCUGGCAUAAAAUUCCUUCGCUCAUCUGCAAAUCUUGUGAUAUUGAGCUGUUUGUUUGUUUCACCUAAUUCACCAUUAUUGAGCAAUACAUUCUUGCUACUUCAAAAGCACGAAAAGGAAAGAAGAGAAUAAAAAAGAAAGAGUUGCACAUA